UAUAGAAGAAAGAUGGAGAUUCAUUCAGUUGGGCCUUUCAUCAUUGGAAAGACCCUGGGUCAGGGCACAACGGGCAAGGUCAAAUUAGGAUUCCACAAGGACACUGGAUUCAAAGUGGGCAUCAAGAUCAUCAAUAAGGACUUGUUGAUGAAUAAGCCAUCCAUGAGAAAGAAGAUCGAGCGGGAAGUGGUCCUCAUGAAACUCAUCGAGCAUCCCAAUGCCCUAAAGAUGUACGAGGUAUACGAGACCUCAAACUACCUAUUCCUGAUAUUGGAAUAUGUGGAAGGAGGCGAGUUGUUUGAUUACCUGGUGGAGAAGGGCGGACUGGAGAGUGGAGAGGCAUUGUUUUUCUUCCAACAGAUCAUUUCUGGAUUGGACUAUUGUCACAGCAGGAAUAUAUGUCACAGGGACCUGAAGCCAGAGAAUCUUUUGUUGAGCGGCGACAAGAAGAUUAAGAUCUGCGACUUUGGCAUGGGAUCAAUCAUCAAGAAGGACAGUCUAUUGCACACCAGCUGUGGGUCCCCUCAUUACGCCAGUCCCGAAGUGGUCUCUGGCAUUGACUACGACGGUCAAAAGACCGAUGUCUGGAGUUGUGGUGUCAUCCUAUAUGCAUUGUUGACCGGUCGACUACCAUUUGACGAUGAUAACAUUAGAAGACUGCUGAGCAAGGUCAAGAGCGGAGACUUUGUCAUGCCAGGAUACAUACACAAGGAUGCACAAGACCUCCUCACUAGGAUGUUGGUGGUCGAUCCCAAGAAGAGAAUAACGAUCAAGGAUAUCAAGAGGCAUCCAUGGUUCCUCUCCAACUCAUCGACCACCGAAAAAGUGAUCCCAAUCGAUAAGAUGAUGGGCUCACCAUUGACUGAUCUGGCAUCGAUGGACGAUGAAGUGUUCAGAAGCCUUAUGGUGUUGGGCUUGGGAUCACCAGAUGAUAUUAGAAGAGCAUUGAUCAGCAAUGAACGAUCACAGAUUAUUGUUUAUUAUAGAUUGCUAGAGGAGAGGAAGCGUUAUGAUACUGAGGGUUCAAAGUAUGGCGUAAAGAAUACGACGGCCACCACAAACAACAAUGGCAAUGGCAAUGGCAACAACAACAGCAACAAUACAGACAAGAGAAGAAACAACGGCCUGCUCAAACAGGCAUUGCAACAACAUCACCAACACUCACAUGCCCAUGCCCAUGCUCAGGCCCAAGCUCAAGCUCAAGCCCAGGCUCAGGCCCAAGCCCAAGCCCAAGCUCAAUCACAUUCACCUCAGACACAGCCACAACCACUCACCAUUGCUCCCCUGUCACUCAGCCAGGGUCUGCCGCCCCCACCACCCAAGGAGUCGCCGCCAAUCAUGCAGCGCAGAGGCAGCAUGACGGCCACCUCCAAUCCAGCCACAAGCCCCACCAUGUCACACCGUGGCAAGACUUCGAACCCGAUCGAGAUCACCAAGGUGCGCAAGCUCAAGAUGCUCGAGUCCACGCCCAACUCGUCGCCCAUCAUUGGCUCCAGUCCCAAGAAGUCGUGGUUCUCCUACUUCUUCUCCAAGGGCAGCAGUAGCGGCAGCGGCAGUGGCAGCAGCAGCAAGAACACCAGUCCCAACACGUCAUCCAACAAUCUGACGACGGUUGUGAUGGGCGCCGGCGCACCAUCGUCGCCAUCGACCUCUUCAUCAUCAUCGACUUCAACUGCCGCCUCAACAUCCAACACGGCGGCGGCCGUCGUUGUCCAAACACAUUCACCUGCGACGCCAACCCUGGUUGUGGAAACCAAGGUAGACAGUUCGCUGAUUGUGAUCAACCUGGAGCAGACAUUCAACAAGCUGGGCAUCGAGUGGCGUCUCAAGAGCAAUCAGGCUCAGAUAUCAUACAGCUGUCGCUAUCCAAGCAGUGGGCAGCAGGUCAGCAAGAACGAGUUGCAGACCAAGGUGUACGAGUGUGAUGUCGAGGUUGAGAGCCAUGACACUGUGCACCGUAUUUACCUCAUCAAGAAAUCAGGCUCCAGUAACUUCUUCAGCUCAUUGACCAACUCGAUCGAACAGCUAUUU